AUGUCACAGAGAACACCAGGAAGAGCAAAGAGGGGUGAAGAGAGACAUGUACCAUAUAAUGCGGAUCCGAAAACUGUUGGAACAUAUACCAACGCACCUAUGCCAAAAGAUGUGCGAAGGUUGGAUGAUGGAUUCGAAGAUCCAGCUGCGUUUUUUCAAUCUCCAGGAACCGAAAUCGGUCAAAAUAGAACUAUAUCGUCAAUGUUAUCGUCAGCCAAUAACAGAACUCCAAGAACACCAGGUGCAAGAUCAGAUUAUACAACCGCUAAUACUCCAAUGACAGGUAUGACAGGUAUGACAACAGGUCAUAGUUCAAUUGGUACGAUAAGAAGAUCAAAACAUAGAUUGAGUGAUUUAGAUGUAAAUCCAGAUGAUGAAGAGGAUACUGAGAAUAUAUUAUUGAACGACGAUUUAUUAGUUGACGAAGAUGAUUUAACUCCUGCUACACCUGGUCUUCAAUAUUUCCAACAAGGUAAAAAUCCUCCAUCGGUAUCUUUUCCCGCUCUGUCACGAGUACCAGCCUCAUCGCCCGCUGUAGAUUUAUCAUUCGACGCAAUUCCUUCACCUCAAACAUCAAAAACGGUCGCUCGAUCUCCUCGUAAAUCAACAGUGACAGUGUUGUCAAAAUCCACCUCAUCUCGAUUGACCAGAGGAAGAAUCAGUGAUCUUACCGAAGGCAAUUCCACACGUCACAUGGACAGUUUUGAAGAUAUCACUCAAGAGGAUCUCAACUUUAACACAUCUUUUGCCAGUCAAGCAGUCAUUGAUGAUAGCCCUUCCAAAAACACAAGAAACAAUCCUCGGACAUCCGACUCGCCUAUCACAAAUAAGAAAAUCCAAAAUGGUAGGAAAAGCAAAGUCGUCAAUUCUCAACCUGCUUUGGAGGAAACAGAAGAUGUAUCAUUUGAUCAACCCGAUUAUGCAGAAGAUGUGGGACAAGCUGAGAAAUCUCCUGAUAACCAAAAAAGAAAGUCUAAAUCCGCUACCUCGACCCGAAAAUCGAAUGUAAAUCGAGACGAGACAAUGAACAGAGAUGAAAGCGUUAGUGAUAAUGAAGGAGGAAUGGAUGGAUUCGAUGACACAGUUCAAGAUGUAUCAUUAGGCAAUGACGACAAUGACCUACAGAAUGGUGAUGAUGUCAGUGCUUUAGCAGAUGAUAUGGCCAGUGGUGAUGACGAUGAUUUGGCAAUGGAAGAAGCUGCUAUUGCCGAGGAGGAAGAAGAAGAGGAAGAGGAAAUUGAAGAAGGACGGGAUUCGAGAGAUCAAGUCAAAAACAAGGGCGGACGCCCUAAAAAAGUGGUACGGGAGAAGAAGAGGAAUGACAACACCGCUCCUGCUAGAACCAGAAACGAAAGACAAGGUAGCGUAGCUGCUAAACCUAGAAAGACUAGAAUAUCACAAAUUGGUGUUGAUGGCGAAGGUUCUGAUGACGAUCUCGAUGGUUAUCACGGUAAUUUCCAAACCCGAAGAUCCAACAGACAGCAUUUUAAACCUUUAGAAUGGUGGCGUGGUGAAAAAUUCGAAUAUCAACGUGGACACCUAUUGCCAGUAAUCAAAGAAGUCGUAACUUAUCCUGAAGCUCAACAUGAUCCACUGUCCCAUUCCAAGACCCGAAGAAGAGGUAAAUCACGUCCUAGGAGUGCUUCGGCAGCACCCGUCAAGAAAAGGAAGGAAAGGGAAGAAAGUAUCAUUGACGAAAAUGGUUGGGAUGCUCAGACUGAACCUACUGGUGUUGUUAAAGCUUACCCAGGCGGUUGGGAAGCACAUCGAAAAAUCGCAUGUCCGAAGGCUUUGUUGACGGUACCAGAACCAAGCAAGAAUAACCAAUCGUUCCGGUAUCAAAAAGUAUUUGGAGAAGGCGAUUUCAUGGCUGCAGGCGUGGUAUUCAUACCGGUUGGAUCUAAGAAAGCUCCUAAGCCAAGUAAAGAUAAUGCCUACGUAUUCUACGUAAUUCAGGGUGCCGUUCAAGUCACGAUUUAUCGAACCAGUUUUGUCAUGGCUCCAGGUGGUCAAUUCUUAGUGCCGAGAGGUAACGACUACUGUAUCGAGAACAUUUCACCCGAUAGGGAAGUUCAAUUGUUUUUCGCUCAAGCCAGGAAGAUCAGAGCGGGUGAAGAAGAAAUGAUCGAACAACCUCCAGCAGGAUAUAUGGAAAAUGGCAGAAGAGCAAGCUCAAUAGCAAGCAGCGCUGCUCCUGCCUCCAUGAAGAAGAAGAAGAAAUUGCCAAACGUCAGAGAGGAAAGUGUGUCUGCUAGUGAAAGUGGGUAG